GAACCAUUUUCUUGUUUCAGUUUGUAAGUUUAGUGUGAUUGCAACUUGUUUUGUCAUAGACAAGAGAAAUUGAAGUACAUAAGGUCAAUUAGUGAUGUUCAUAGGCAUAGGCAAGUGCAUAGCUAGAGCAAUAUGUCCCAUCAGCUUCCUCCUUCUGCUGUCUCUCUGUCUCUCAAGCAGGGUCAUUAACCAACGCCUCCUCGUUGAAAUGUCAUUUUCUGGUAAGUACCCACCACAGCAAUUGGUGGUGCUCGCGGCGGUGACCCUUUUACUCUUUGCCACUGCUGUUAAUGGUGCUGAUAUUUUCUAUGAGUGGAGAGUUGCACUUGACACAACUAUUAAACCAGUGUCAGCAGAUCAACCGGUUAUUACCAUCAAUGGGAUGUUCCCAGGACCCCUUAUCAAUGGCACCACAAAUGACAAUAUUAAUAUCAAUGUGUUUAAUGAUAUGGAUGAGCCUCUUUUGUUUACCUGGAAUGGGAUACAGCAAAGGCUAAACUCAUGGCAGGAUGGAGUUUCAGGUACAAAUUGUCCAAUCUUGCCAGGUAAAAACUGGACUUAUCAGUUCCAGCUCAAGGACCAAAUCGGCAGCUUCUUCUACUUCCCUUCUCUUAAUUUCCAAAAAGCUGGAGGAGGGUUCGGUCCAAUUCGAGUUAAUAAUCGCAUAGUCAUUAAUGUUCCCUUUGCCAAACCUGAGGCUGAGUAUGAUCUCCUCAUUGGCGAUUGGUAUCAGAAAAGUUACAAGGAUGUCAGGUCUAUGAUUAAGAACAACUCUACCUAUAAUGAUCCCCCUUAUAAGAUGCUAAUGAAUGGCAAAGGCUCAUAUAAAGACCCAUCAGUCAAAUCCUAUGAAUCAUUCACAGUCACACAGGGAAAGACGUACAGGUUUAGGAUAUCCAAUGUAGGGAAUGUAUGGAGUUUCAAUUUCAGGAUACAAAAUCAUAAAAUGUUGCUAGUUGAAACUGAAGGAUCAUACACUACCCAAAUAACAUUGGAUUCUCUGGACGUACAUGUUGGGCAAUCAUACUCAGUUCUUGUCACAGCAGACCAAAAUGCAGCAGACUAUUAUAUUGUGGCAACUCCUAAGAUGGUUAAUGAGAACGAAAUCAACAAUUUUGCAGCUGUGGGAGUACUGCACUAUGAUAAUUCUACUGUAAACGCUACUGGACCUCUCCCAAGUGGACCUGAUCCAUUUAAUGUCCAAUUCUCCAUUGAUCAAUCCAAGUCCAUCAGGUGGAACUUGACUACAGGAGCUGCUAGACCUAACCCACAAGGAACUUUUAAUGUAACCAAUGUGACAUUAUCACAAACUUUUAUCCUACAAGGAACAAAAGCUGAGAUUGGCAGUGAAUCAUUUCACACAGUCAAUGAUAUCUCUUACAUCACACAGGAUACUCCAUUAAAGCUAGCUGAUUACGAAGGAAAUUGGUCUGACGUUUUUCAACUUGACCAAUUUUCUACAAAUUCCACUAAUGGUGGCCCUAAACAUGGUGUCUUUGUUGCGAGUGGGAACCAUAAAGGGUGGAUAGAACUUGUGUUCAAGAAUAACUUGGAUGUUAUGGAUGCUUGGCACUUGGAUGGGUUUGGUUUCUACGUUGUUGGAUUUGGAGAUAGAGAUUGGACUCCUAAAUCUCGCGCUACUUAUAAUCUUUAUGAUCCUGUAGUUCGAUCUACAGUUCAGGUGUAUCCUAAAGGAUGGACUGCUGUUUAUGCAUAUCUUGACAACCCUGGAAUGUGGAACUUGAGAUCUCAGAAUUUGGACAAUUGGUAUUUAGGACAAGAGCUUUAUUUGAGGGUUUAUGAUGCUGACCCCAAUCCUGCCAAAGAGAGACCACCACCAGAUAACCUUCUUGUGUGUGGAAAAUUCAACAUUUUAGCUCCUCCCCCUUCACCUGGUGGCCCUGCUUCCCCUGGUGCCCCAGCUUCCCCUGCUGCCCCACGGCCUCCAUCCACUUCUCAUGCAUCAUCUGGACAAAUAGCAUGGGUUCAAAGCAGUAUCUUCAUUGUCGCAAUGCUAUGUGUUGGCCUACUAUAGAAGGGUCAAGAUUCAUCAAUGGAUUUGAUAAUUAACUCAAGUUGCUAAUGUAAUUGAUUUAUGUAGGAGAGUUUUUUUAGAUGGUUUUACAGUUAAGCUAUAUUUUUAACCAUUUAUUUUCUUUUCUUACAAUAAUUUUCAAAUGUUGAUUGGUAAUUAUUUAUAGAAUGACAUCUUGUAAUGGUUAACCAUCAAGAUCAUUUUUGGG